GUGGUAACAUCCAGCACUGCUUGGCUUCCCCUGCACGUUGGCUCGAUUCCAGUGAUCUCAAGUAGAAAGAAGAGAGAGAGACAGAAAGAAGCAGCGACAAAGUGUAUGUAUGCUGGAGAGAGAUAAGUGAGUUUAAAAGCAGGAGUGAGAAGCAGAGAUCUGGAAAAGGGACGAAAAGAAGAAGCGAGUGAGGGAGAAAUCAGUUGUAAAAAGUGAUCUAGAAGAACCAGUGGUGAAGAAAUAUUGACAAUCAAUCCACAAACAUGGCAACCAUGGAAGCACUGGAAUCCUCAAGUGCCCUGCUGGAGCCUCAAAUGCUCACUGAGAUCUCAGACGACGAGAUCAAUCUCGCACCCUCAGACGAUGAAGAUGAUGCCCUUGUUGCAGUCAAGAAAGAGCUGUCCACCAUGGGCACGGAAGGGGAUGCUGCUGAAGACAAGGAUGAGGAAGCUAAGGUGGACACACAGGUGAACGGGGUCAUGGUGCUGACUUUGCUUGACAAGAUCAUUGGGGCAGUGGACCAGAUCCAGCAGACCCAGAGCGGGCUAGAGGCCAGACAACAAGACAUGGAACGUUCGGUGACCAGCAUCCAGGGCGAGCUGACCAAACUGUCCAAAAGCCACAGUACCACGUCCAACAGCGUAAAUAAGAUGAUGGAGAAGGUGCGCAAGGUGAGCGUCAAUGUCAAGACAGUGCGGGCCACCCUGGAGAAGCAAGGAGGCCAGAUCAAGAAGCUGGAGAACAACGAGGCUGAGCUGCUCAAGAGACGCAACUUUAAAGUCAUGAUCUACCAGGAUGAAGUCAAGGUUCCAUCAAAACUCAGCAUCUCUAAAUCCAUGAAGGUUUCUGGGUCUGUGGCAGGGAGUAGAGGAGGCAGCUUGAUGGAGCUUAAGGAAGGUGUUGAAGAGCCUGGAGAAGAGGAAAGAGAGGGAGAGGACACAGACAAACCCCAUGUAGACCUCUCCUCAGACGAGGAGGGAGUGGAGAUUGAGGAGGCAAUUGAGGAAACUCGUGCUGAACGGAUCAAGCGCAGCAGCCUGCAGCGCGUACAAACCCUGAAGACCGUCUUCUCAAAGGAGAAGAUGGAUAAGACAAAGGCAAAGACCAAAGAAAACCUGGAGAAGACCAAACAAAAAACCAAGACCAACCUGGAGAAGACAAAGCAGAGGACAAGAGAGAACCUGGAGAAGACCAAACAAAAAACCAAGGACAACCUGGAGAAUGCAAAGCAGAAGACCAAGGAGAACCUGGAGAAAACACGUCACAACAUUGAGAAGAAGAUGGGAAAGCUUGGAAACCGUAUGACUGUCAACCCUGAGCGCAAGCAGAAGAUGCAGACAUCCCAAGACAAGGUGAAGAAAGCCUUCACACCAGACCAUGUUGUUUACGCCCGCUCCAAGACUGCUGUGUACAAGGUGCCGCCCUUCACCUUCCAUGUUAAGAAAAUCCGUGAGGGUGCUGUUGAAGUGGUACAAGGCACUGAGAUGGUGGAAGUGUCCCAGGAUGCCGAGCCUUUCAGUGAUGUGGAUGAGGCAGUUGAAGAGGGCGGAGAGGAGGUUGAGAUGGAGAUGCUUAACGGAGGAGGGGAUGAAGACGAGGUUGAGGAGGACGAAGAAGAGGACAGCCACGAUGCCCUGCAUGAUAACGAAGAUAGAGAUAGAGACAGCGAUUAGAUAAAGAAUGAGGAAUUGCCAAGAUCCCAACAAAAUUCUGUUCAACAACCAAAAGUCUUCUGUAAAAACUGAAUAAAUUCAGAGGAUCAAGAAGAUUUCUAAAAAAAUAAUAACAGUUGACUACAUAUUGGAUCUUACUUUCACUAUUUUGGCCAUUAUUCCUAUCAGUUAUAAGAACUUUGUACCCACCAUAGUAAUUGUUGAGAUCUGGAAGCAUGGUGAUAUUGCUGGUUGACGACAGAUUCGUCAACCAGACAGGUAUUAAAUAAGUUAAAACAUUGUCCAGAUUAUCCAAACCACUUUACUUGGAGGCAAACUGCUUCCAAAAUGUCAGUAAUAAUUGAUUGCAAUGGUGUGCACUGUUACCUUGGACAAAGUCAUUUUACAAUCUGGAGCAACCAAUUGUUACUAUAUAAAUUUAUUGGGAAAUUAAUUUGAGGCAAAUUAACUUUGAAGCUAAUUGCUUCAUUACACUAAAACCCAAAUUUGUGCACUUAAAAGUGUUUUGCUUAGCUAUAGCCCAAGUAUUCAAUUUAAAUGUCAGACAUUGUUGACAAUCUGAAAUACAUUAUGCUAGAGCAGUCUAGUAUGUAGUCUACUGCACUUGGUCUCGUAGACUUUGAAGUUUGUGUAGACCUAUCAGUCUACUAAGUUCUGCACCGGCUAUUGAACGUCAAGGUGCUGGGCCAGACAGGAGGAUCAUUGUUCCACACUGACAACACAUCCAAGAUGAUUUCUGCUUUUCAGGUGUUCAGGUGUGAAUAGGUCAAAUUUUUAGAUUAAACUUCCUGAGGACAGGGGACUUAUCAGGACUGUGUUUGAAGGACUAAGAGAAACAUGGAGGGACAUAAUAUUAGUUCAGCCUGCAUUUACCAAAAGUUACAUUAUGAAGAAACUGCUUAACACCUGUCUGUUUAUCUUUAUUGUUUUCAGUGGUCAUGUUUUUAGUCCAUCUGGUCAAUGCUUUUGACUGCAGAAGGCGGGACUCGAUUUGAUCCACUGCCGAGGGAGAAGGCACUCACUCAUUGAUAUACAGACCAACCAUGUGAUAAACAUGACAUUUCUUUUUCUUUUUCAUUAACCCAGUCCUGAUCAUGCCAUGCUCAUCCAAGAGAAUAACCCAAUCAGGGUCCCAAAGCAGUGCGACAAUGAAACGGUGUUGUCCAGGAUAAAAAUACAUGUGCUUAAGUCUGUUCAACUCAAACAGAGAAAACCAUCCAAAAACAACAGUGUAGCCAUAAUAGCAUAGUAUACUGAGAGUACUUGAUUAUUGCAAUCAAACUGUAUUUUCAAGUAAUUCCUGACCAAUAGUGUAAAUGCACAACUAUGGUAAAUGUUGUACAGCAGGUCAAAGUUGAAUUGGGAGGCUGGAAAGGCUUGCCCCUGUUUUCUCAUCUGAAUAAGUUUGGCUAAUGAUGAGAGGUUUGUUUGUUUCCUUGCUAUCUGAUUGGUCUCCUCGUGUCACUAGACUCAACAAACGGUUCAGCAAGGUUACCCAUGUUUGGUUAACUAAGUAGACAGUUUCAGUCUCACUCAUUACCUUUCAUUCCAGCAACAAUAGGCACCCGUAGUCAUUGAGGCUGGAUGUGUAAAUAGGCAACUCUUUGCUAAAACAUUCACCAUAGUAACUGAACAGGGUGAUACUAUGUCAGUGUUGUAUUCACAGCUUGUUGUACCUUUAAAUGGACAUAGAAUAUCGAAGAGGAAAGCUAGUGCCAGAUAAUAUUCUGGUGUAGAAAACUGUACACAUUGCACAGAGAGUGUUAGCAAUGAGGAGUCAAGUGCCUUGCCCCCAUCAGUAUAAUCUGCUUGUGGGUCUCAGCAUUUAAUUUGGUCAAGACAAUAUAUUAUCUUGUCUAUUACUUAUCAACAAUAGGAAUGAUGGCCAAUAUUACAAGUUAGACCCAAGUUGGGGCUAAAAAAUUAAAUAAAAUUGAUAACACUAACUUAAAAGUCAUAGUUUUAAGAAUUUAAGGAAAACAGUCCCAUAUUUGUAAAAGCAUUUCAAGGGUUGUUAAGAGUCCAUUUGUGUGUGGAUGGUGUAGAGAUGAUCACUAUAAGUGAAAGAAGAAGAGGAAGAAGAAGAAGCCAGAAAAAGGUAAUAGCUAUACUGACCUAUAUCAUCAGGAGGGUUUCCCUGUAUAAGAAGUUGUAUUCUUUUCAGUAUUUCAUUUUUUGUUUUAUUUAAAAACAUUACACUUACCACUCAACCUAGUGGAAUGAAUAUAUGAUUCAACUUCUGCCCAUUGAAUUUCAUUUGAGUUCUCAUGAAUUGCUAAAAGGCAAUUCACAAUUAUUACAUUGAUAAACACAUUGAGUACAUAUUCAUGCUUAUCCAUAAAUUCCUUGUGUUUUAAAAAAAGCACAUAUCACACAUGCAACAUAUUUGUACAUCCCCUUCGUUGUUAAGUUGUUUGAAUACUGUUAUCUUACUCUUUUUAAUGUACACGUUCUUUAGAAGUCAAGUGAUUCUGUUGCAAUUUUGAGGUUUUCAUGAGGUCACAGUUUUUAAUGUAUGAUUUUGUAUGUAAUCACUCUUCACAUUCUGCUGAUGUUAUCUCCUUUUCAUUACUGCAGAAUGUAACCCAAUUACUGUCUUUUAUAUAUAUGUUUUAUACCUACUUUCAUGCAGUUCUCUUUUAAAAGAUUUUACUGCCAGUGUUCCAAAAAACAACCUGCACCCAAAUUAAGGUUUAUGAAACACAAGUGUUUCCCAUGAGUGUUUUGCUCUUAUAAAAACCUGCCAUGUAUAUCUAAAGAUGUGUUUCAUAAAUUAAAUGGGAUAAGGACCAAUUCUUACAGUAAAAACGUACAAACCUCUGGUCAAAGAAGUUUGUGUGUUAAUAGGACCUUUCUAUAUACGACCAAGUUUCUUUACAUGUGCAUGAUAUUCCUGUGGUCUGAGGCUGACCCCUAGUGUUCAGUCGUCUUGCUGUAAGUUUCUCUGUUCCAGGUUAAAGGAACAUUUCAGCUCCAACUUUUCUCUUUCAAAUAACCAUUUCAUUGAAAUAUUUCCCAAGGGCAAGGCUCUAUUGUCCACAUUUGCCUUAUUGUAAUAAGAUGUAAAAACGUGUUUCAUUCUGCACAACGAUUGGUGGAAUUUUAUGAAUGCUUUGCAAGAAUGAAUUUUAAGAGUUGAUUUUUUUUGUUGUUGAUGAUCUGCUGGACUGCAUUACUUUUGGCAUAGUCAAGAUAAUAUUCCAUCCACUUUCAUUUUUACAAACUAAUGCUGUUCAGAUUAGUGGGGCCUAUCUUGACAUAAUUUGGCGUGAAGGGGUUUAGAAACUCAGCAGCGUAUCCAAGGGCUAUCACAGAGACAGACACAACUUUUGAUCAUGUCACCAUAGUAUUUGUACUGUCCAGUGUAUCUAUGUGUGUCUGUGUCCAGUGUGUUAUGUCUAUCUUAGACAUAAAUUACAAUUUUAUUUGUGUUCAUUUUUUGUAUAUAAUGUGAAUCACUGCCAAUACAGAUCACAAUGCAUACUGAAUUUAUUUACCAGCGAGCCUCUUGUCUUCUGUUGCAUAACUUCUUCAGCAUUUAGAACCGCUUGUUAAUGACACUGGCACUCAUGCUUGCAAGGAUAAAGCAUUCCAGCCUUUUUGAACCACGGUUGUGGUACAGACAUUUGGUGGUUUAAGGCUCAGUCCUUGAAAAUGAAUCAACAAUGCCAUGUCUGUCAAGGCAGUGACAACAUGCAGCCAUGCCGAGGCCUUUGUCAAUGGAGCACCAAAUGUAGUUCACAUGUAACUGUUUCUUUGCUUUGUUUUGUCAUUAACAGAUGCUAGUAUAAUGUUUAUUUCUUAACCACUAAUGAUUUAAUUAAUAAAAACUACUUGGUUCACA